CCAAACUGCACUCAUUUUAGAUUAAAUUAGGCUACAUCCACAUUAAAAUCAAUUUAAAAUUCUCAAUUUUAUUUUAGUCACAAAAUAACAGAAUGUUUGUUUGUUUAUUUAUUUAUUUGAUGAACCCCACGGUCAUUCUGCGCUUUAGCUGUACACUGUUUACAAAUAUGCAGACUUCAAUUCGGCAUUUGUUUUGACUUAUUUAUUUACCUUUAUUAAUGUAAUGUUGUUCUUUGUGUGUGUUAUCUGUAAAAGCUCUUGAGUCGGAAAGCUGUUGUUGGUGUGUAGAGUAGCGAAUCGCUGCGACUCUCAGUGGGUUUGGAUCAUACAGUGAUGGAUGAGGGGCGGGGCUCCUCUGAUGCGCGUCACUGUGGUUCCGUGGAGCAGGAUCGGACCAUAAAAAUCUCCAGCACUUUUGAGAAGCCGGGCAGACGCAGAAAACAGCGAUCGGUAGUGAUGAACAUCUAAACUGGACGUCCGGCUCAAGUGGACAUAGCGAAAAGAGCAGAAGAAAAAGACAUCUGUGCUGUUCUUUACUCCUACCCAUGAUGAGGGACUCUGUCUUCAGCUGCUGCGUUUCCCCGCCCCAUCCUCCUAGAGGAGUGGAGGAGCACCACCAACAACACAGAAGCAGAGCUCAAGCUCCGCCUCCUAAUGACAGGCGUUUCCUUAUAUUCUUUGACUUUGAUGAGACCCUGGUGGAUGAGUGCAGCGAUGACUCUAUGGUUACUGUGGCGCCUGGUGGAGUCCUGCCCGGCUGGUUGAAGGACACCUACCGUUCCGGCCGCUACAAUGAGUACAUGCAGCGUGUGCUGGCCUACCUCUCCGAACAGGGCAUCACCCCGGCAGAUAUUCGAGGCACAGUGGAGAAACUCCCUCCCUGCCCAGGCAUUCCCACUUUGAUGCAUUUCCUGCUCUCCCAGCCAUCAAGGGACUUUGAAGUCGUUUGUGUGUCAGAUGCUAAUACGGUCUUCAUUGAGACAUGGCUGGAGCACCUGGGCUUCCGCCCGCUUUUUCUGCGUAUUUUCACCAAUCCAGCUCACUUUGAUGAUAACGGGCAGCUGCAGCUUCGCCCCUUCCACUCUCAUAAGUGCCUGCGAUGCCCAGCGAACAUGUGCAAAGCAGUGGUGGUGAGGCAGUACGUGGCCCAGCGUGUGCGAGAGAGGAGCGGACGGCCGUACCAGAAGGUUUUGUAUGUGGGUGAUGGGGCCAAUGACUUUUGCCCGUCACUCACACUGUCACCGGGUGAUAUAGCAUUCCCACGCCGGGACUUUCCAAUGCACAAACUGAUCCAAGAGAUGGAGGAAGCCAAACCUGGAGAGUUCAAGGCCAGUGUGGUGCCCUGGAACAGUGGAGAAGAUGUCAUCAACACCCUGAGAAAAAUAUUAGAGAGGCCCUAAAUAUAUACAUAUACCUAAAUGAAGCCCUAAAAAUGUAUAGAGCUUUCUUGAGUACAUUCCAAACUCUUUUGGUUUUGCCAGAUAGUAUGAAACAACUUGGUUGUAUUGGCUGAAACUGCCAGGGUGAUAAGGGUCUUUUAUUAAGAUGUUGUUGGUGCAGUUCAAAUGAACCCGCUAUAAACUUACAUGCAAAUACACAAACACAUCCAUACAACGAUUAAUAUAUUGUGUACGUGUUAGUGUGUAUGAUUCAGAAUCUUA